AUGCUGUUGCUCAAACGGCGUCCAGUCCUCAUCCUCGUCGUCCCCAUCGCCCUCACCGUCGUCGCCUUUCUCCUCCACACCCAGACAGACGCUACGGCAUGGGUCAGCAAAGCUGCAGCAAACAGGUUUCAAUACGGCGAUGCAGACUCGUCCCGCACAGACGACCUUGAUCAUCCCGACACCGCAGCAGGCGGCGCCUCAGACUCUUCAGACUGGGGCGAUGCAGACACCGACGACCACAUCCACACUUUUAUCGGCGGGCCCGAGACUGGUGGUGACCACAACAACGCGGUUGUAGGCGGCGUCGUCCCAGAGGAAGGGUCUCAGCCGCCCGUCACCACACUCGGAGCGGGAGCGGUGGCCACCAACGCCAUCGAGUCAUACAUGCGCGACUAUCUCCUGUCCCGCGCCGAGGGCUUUGAUGCCAAGGUGCAUUUGGACAAGUAUGGCCUCAAGCUCGGCGUCGUCAACCUCGAGGCGUACCACAGGGAGCUCUUGGAGGUCUACAACGAGUUCUUUGGCGUCAACGAGGAGACGGGCGACGUCUACUCGUUCCUGGCUCCCGUCCUCUCUCGUCUCUCCCUUCGCCCGCCCACGGCGCCGCUCCCGCCCCUCGUCAAGCAAGUGGCCGCCACCGAGAAGAACCUCGACAAGAUCCCGUCGUACUUUGACGACUGGGACCGGAUCAUGCCCAACUGGAACAUUACCCUGUUUGACGACACGUCGCUCGAGCAGUGGGUCAACUAUGAGUUUGGCGGCAGCGAGCUCGAACGUCUCUUCAACCGUCUCCCGCGUCAAGUCCUCAAGAGCGACUUGUUUAGGUACCUGUUCCUCCUCGUCGAGGGUGGCAUCUACACCGACAGUGACACCGCCCCCGUGAUCCCAGCCGAACGUUGGGGCCAGCCAUACGAAGACCGCACCCCGGAGAUCCUCGAGCACCUGUCGCGCCUCCUCAUGCUGUCGGACGACCCCCAAGCGGACGUGUUCAACCACCCGGUCCUUGAGGAAGGUGGCGAGCUUGGCGAACCUGCACUGGUUGUCGGCAUUGAGUUUGACUCGAUCAUGUACGGCUGGGACUGGACCAAGAUUGGUGUCAGCCGUGCCGUCCAGAUCACCCAGUGGACCAUGAUGGCCCGUCCGGGCCACCCCGUAUUCCUGGAUGUCGUCGGCCGCGCUUUGCACAAGACCAUCCAGAUCGAAGAGGAGCGUCGCAAGGCCGAGGAAGAAGGAAGGGAAUACGUUGACGAGUGGGCUCUGGAAUGGACCGGCCCCGGCGUCUGGACCGACUGCGUCUACCGCUACCUGCUCGCUCGUUAUGGCUUUACCCCGGAGAUGCUCAUCCGCGUCGACCGCCCUAUCCGUGUUGGCGACGUCCUGAUCCUCCCCUCCAAGACGUUUGCUGCCUCGGAGCGCAAGGAGGUUUCCGAAAAGAACAAGCCCUUCACUGCCAUUUUCCACGGAUUCAACGGCCGCUGGCGUGGCGAGGACCCGACGGUCAAGAAGAUCAACGAGCUCAAGAAGAUUGAAAAGGAAAAGGAGGAAAAGGAGAAGAAGGAAAAGGAGGAAAAGGAGAAGAAGGAGCAGGAGGAAAAGGAAAAGCAGGAGAAGGAGAAGGCGGCGGCUGAGGCUGCCGCGGCCGCUGCCCAGGCGCAGGCUGAGCUGGACGAAAAGGCCGCGGCUGAGCGCAUGGCCAACGAGGAGAAGGAGAGGCAGAGGCUCGAGGCGGAGCGCAAGGCUGCCGAGCAAAAAUUGGCCGACAAGGACGACGCGGCGACGAGGUAG